AUGAUCGAGGUCUACGGCUACGUCCCCGCCUGGGGCCUUCCAGACAUCUCUCCCUACGUGACAAAGCUCAUCAACUAUCUCACAAUCACCAAGACGCCCUUCACCUACCACUCGCAAGAUCUCUCCCGCAUCGACAUCGACUGCCCCUACGGCAAGCUUCCCUACAUAAUCGACAGCGACGACGGAACCAAAGUCGGCGACUCCAACCUCAUCAUCGCAUACCUGCAGAAGAAGUACGGCGACCCCCUCGACGGCGACCUAGGCGAUGCCGAGCAAGCCGUCGCCCUUGCCUUUGACCGCAUGAUCGGCGAGCAUCUCUACUGGAGCGGCGUGAUCCAGCCGCGCUGGCGCAUGGACGAGGGUUGGGAGGUCUACAUCCCGUACGUGGUACAAGGCGCGGAGGUAGGCCCGGAGCUGCGCGCCGCCUUGGACGGCUUCCGGACCAGAAUCCUGGCAGAGUUCGACGGCCAGGGAAUGGGCAGAAGGCCGGCUGAAUGCGUGCUGGUAUUCUACCGGAAGGACGUCGAUGCGCUGGCCACAUACCUGAAGGACAAGAAGUAUUUCAUGGGGAAUAAGGUGCAUACCAUUGAUGCCAUGUUUUAUGCCAUGUUGAGACAUCUCGUGGAUCAGCCGCAGAAGUGGGAGGGUACAGGCUAUAUUGAGACCAAGCAGAACCUGGUGGAUUAUAUGGCAAGGAUGCGAUUCGAAUUCGGUGUCUGA